UUAGCUUUCUGUCCGACAACAGUCGACGGCGCAGUUGACAGGAUCAUGCCUGGACUUCUUUAUAAUUGCGCUUUAUAAUUGUUUAUAAUUGCAAUCGGUUGACAGAAUCGCGGUUAAAUUGAAUACAGUGUCGGUCGAACGUGUUGUGGCAGCUAUCAUGAUCACGACAUAACAACAAUAUCUGGAUUUGAUGGAUUUGAUGAAAUGGCCCGCUAUCUCACGCCUUCAAAAGUCGCCCUGCUCUGCCUAGCCACGCUCUACACCGAAGGCACAGUCCCCAACACAUCCGCUGUCCCCGUGCUGUCCUUCCUCAUCUCGCACAUCCUCCCUCCUCGCUCCUCCGACAAAUCGCCCGCCGCCUACAGACGCGACAAGAAACACGCCGUCUCCAUCGACGAACUCGAAGAAGUUCUCUCCUACCACUCCUCCUCCAUCCCCGGCCGCUCAGUAUGGGAUCUACUCCUGCGCAAAAUGUGGCUGCUAGACUGCUGCGACGCCCUCGAAACCUUUUUCGGUGAUAUCCACUCUAUCGUCGAAAAGUCCCGUGAAGAGCAGAUCCAAGACCGCGAUAAUGGCCUUGUCGUUCAGGAUACGGGGAUGCUGCUGUCCAGGUCCUCCCCGCUAGGCGCGUUUGUGCGUCGCGCGCAGCUGGAGUUUACACGGCUGCAGUUCCAUGACUCGGUGAAGCUGUGGCGCGGGUUUAUCAAGUAUCGCUUACCGACGUAUAGAGCGUGGGCAAGACGGCAUCCGUCGGGGGAACAGUCGGCGGUGGAUGUGAAUCUGGUGGAUCUCAAGCUAGAUGCGAAUAGCUAUUUGAGCCAGGUGGUCUAUCGGAAUAUCGAAUGCGACGACGACGACGACGACGACGCCGUCGACGACGAAGCGGGCGUGAGCACCAAGGACGUCGAGCAGCUACUCACAUUCCAAGUCGACGAACUCCAACGCAUCGGCGGCCGCGUUCCAGAUGAAGUCAAAGACCAGCUAGAAUACAUCAUCUCAGCGGGCGUCAUGGUCCCGAGUAUGGCUCACUACAUCCGAUUCUUAGACGCGUGGAAGGCAGGAGACUAUCCCUCCUCGUUUGACAAUCUGCACCGCUACUUCGAUUACACCGUUCACAGCCGAGAUCGCAGCUUCUAUCAGUAUGCUCUGCUGAAUUUGGCGAUUCUGCAUGCUGCUUUUGGCUCGUAUGCUGAGGCUGUGUCGGCCAUGCAGGAGGCUAUUUCUAUUGCGAGGGAGUCGCAUGAUAUGGACUGUUUGAAUUUCUGUAUGAGUUGGUUGUAUCACUUUGGCAAGGCGUUUCCGGAGGAAAUGGGGGAUGUGCAGAGUACAGGCAUGUUGGGGGGUGAGAAGGAAGGGUUGGCGUUUUUGAAAGCGAAGGCGAGAGAGAGUGAAUCGUGGGGCUUGCUUAGUACGACGCUGUUGAGCGAGGCGAAACUUGAAUUACAGAAUGGCGAUAGUUUGGCCGCGGCGUUUGAGAAUAUUGUCAAGUCGUCGUAUUUGAAUGUGACCAAGAAUUUGAGGACAACUAUGGGGCCGUUGCUGCUGCUUCAGGCGUCUGUAUUCUCCCGAAUAGGUCUAACGCAUAAUGCUUUGCUUCAAUGCGAGAUCUUCCGUGAGUGUUAUGCUAAAGGAGCUCCAUUGGAUGAUUGUCUCAAAAUUGCCUAUCGAAGUAGUCAGUUGCUGUCGCAUAGUGGCGGCUAUAAAAGAGCCGUAACUCGUAUCAACGACGUCUCGCCAGCAGACUUGCGUUCUCUCAAAGCGAACCAAAGCUGGGCAUAUUUCUGUGGCAUUAUAAAACUAGAACGGCAAAUCCAUAGAAACGACUCAAUCGCCGUCGAACAUUUAUUUGCGCAACUCCAAGACAUGCAACUCCCCGACACCGACCUCGCCCUGCAACUAUCCUUCCUCGAAAUCGAAUACCGUCUCCGAACAGGCCACUACCAAGAAUCCAUGUCCAUCAUCGACGGCCUCGCCCAGUCCAUGAAACAAGAAACCUUUGACAUAUUCACCCAAAUCCGUCUGCUAUGCUACAAAGCCCGCAUCCUCGACAAAACCGGCCUUCCGCAACGAGGCUUCUCCAUGGCCAUGCGCGCCGCCGCCAUUGCCUACCGAUCGCGCGUUCUGCCGGGUCUGUGGGAAGCUAUCACUGUGCUUGCCACUGUUUUGCUGAGCCUCCGUGAAUUCGAAGCUGCGUUGGAGAUGACAGAAAGCAUAAUGCCACAGGUACUCGAGCUAGAUAAUCGGUAUCUUACCGCGCGUUCGUACUCGGUGCUUGUAGAUGCGAAUAUGGGGUUGGCGGGUGAGGCUUCCCACCAUAGAAUAAAGGCAGACGUGAUUAGAAAGGAGUAUGUGACCAGGGCCCUGACGUAUAUUGAUUGCGCGUACGAUGAGUACGAGGCGAUUGAGGAUUUGCCCGGCCAGUGUGAGAUGAUGGCUAAGAAGGCGACGGUCAUGCACUUGUCUGGCGAGCCGGUGCUGGCGAACGACUAUGCAGCUAGGGUGUUGGAUUUGAGGAAGACUCCCUAUUAAAUUUAUAUUUAAAUAUAAAUAAUAUCAAAUAUCAAAUCAAAAUAUCAACAUGC